CUGAUGGUGUUACCAUGACAACGUUUGAAAGCAGAACCGCCAUCUUGUUUUAGCAGUAAAUAUAAAGACAAUAUAAGUUGAACUUUUGAAAAAAUAAUGGAGUACACGGGAAGUAACUACGAGGGUGAUUACAAAAAUGGGAGAAUGGAAGGCAAAGCCAACUACACCUUUCCUCCUUCGGUAGAAACGAAAUACGAAGGCGAAAUGAAAGAUGGAAUGUUUCAUGGUGAAGGGACACUUUUCUAUUCUAAUGGAAGCAAGUAUGUUGGUAAAUGGGAGAAUGGAAUUGCAGUAGAUGGGACAUAUACGUUUGCAGAUGGGUUGGAGUAUGACCCAGAAGACUGGAGAUAUUGCGAUGGAUAUGACAGAAGAUUUUAUACUGAAAUCUGCCAUGGAUUAAAACCUGCUGGUCGCUCACAGCUUACCAAUAGAAUACCUCCUCGAGUUAUACCUGAAGGAUGUUAUGACUGUGGAGAUGGCUUCUAUAAUCCAACAACAAGAGUGGUUACAGAUUAUAAGAAUAACUUCCUUAGAAAUGCAGAUGAUGACGAGCAUGAAUGGAUUGUCAGAACAUGCAGGAAAGGCUGGGAUGAGCAUGUUGGAUACCAACCUCAAACAAAACCUUAGAGACACAGACUCAGAAUAUUGUGUAUACCUGCGAAAAACAUAGAAACCAAACAAAAAUCCUCAGAUGAACAGAGAGUCAGGGAAGAACAUCACCAUGCAUCAUUUUCACAACUGUAUGCUUCAAAAGUGUGCUUUAAGCUUGACCUGUUGGAUGAACAUAAUAGGGGCAUGGAAUGAAGAGUGCAUAUUGUACAGAUUGCAACGAAAUAAGAGGGUUAAAUGGUCCAUGAAUCAUGGACUCAAAACAACAACUGAUGACUUUUACAUUACCACUCUUUUCACUGCUAUGAGACAACAGUCACAACAGGGAAAUAGGGCAAUUAUACACUGCAGCCAAUCGGAGAACAUAAAGGUAUCGACCAAUUUAUUUGAUUGACGGAAGAGUAUAGCCCAAUAGGCCCUUUGCAGCUCAGUAAUCAUGUGCUGAUUAAUUCACUGAGAGCAAAUGAAUGAACAUCUUGAUUCCCAUGGGUGAAAUAUACUGGUGAGCAAACAAAAUUUCUAGAACCUGUUUUGAGAGAUUGUAAUAAAGCUGCAUUUCGUGAAACACUGGUUACACAUAGUUUCAUUCAGUUCUUUACGAGUAGCUAAAAAGAAUCACCAAUUUAAAAUAAAAUCAAAAAUAUUGCCCACCAGUACAGACACCUGACCGUUAAGUGCAAAGGACCUAUUUCCCUGUCCCGCCUGUUGUCUCGAUCAGUGUAGCAGUGAAAAGUUGGCAAAGGGCCAUUUAAGCAUGAGGUUUUUUAAUACCUUUUGAAUUAUGACCCAUAACUAAAUCAAUGGAAAUGUAGUUUUCACAAGUCAUGAGAAAUGGACAGGUCAUAGAAGUCCUGAAAAUUCACAAUAACUGUAACAAGAAUUACCCUUUAUUGAAUUAAUAAAUUUAAACUAAAAAUAAUAGUAA